GAUAGAGAGAAACAAACACGCACACACACACAGACGGGCGGGCGGCUGUGAUCAGUCGGUCUCCUCGCCAUAGGUGAUGUCUGUCUGGGCAUAAAAGCAUGAAACUGCACGCAGAGAUUUGCUGUCGGAGCUCCGCCCCAAAAUAACAUCAUCAUCAUCAUCAUCAUCAUCAGUCGGAGAGAAAUAACUGGAGGGCACGAGAAAGAGAAAACGCACGCGGACACACACACACGCGUCGCGUUCAUCCGACAGCUCCCCAUGCUAAUAUGAGGACGCCUCUGCUGUGCUGAAGGACAUCUGGAUUGCACAGAUUUACAGUACAAAAGUAGCAUUCUCAGAUCAGCAUGCGCUAAUCCCAACCGUAGCGUAGCGAGAAAGCGUUUAAAGCCGAGCGAUGGCGUCCGACGUGCCACACCGUCAGAUUGUCCAAAACCGGAGGAAACUCAGGCCCGCGCGGGUCCUCGGACUCCUCCUCAGUCUUAUAGCAAUAAGUGCGGUUGCCUUAACAUGGCGCUCUACUGAACAGUGGGAGGAGCUACAGAGCCACGCCCCCCACAGGACACUGCUGUCCACACACCAGGGUUACCAUAGCAACCUCUCAGAGGACACGCCCAUUGCCAUGCGCUCAUCCGCAGGGUCAAAUGAGAGUCAAGGAGACUAUCCGACUGAUUUGUUCAGCCUUGAGGACCGAAGGCGCGGGGCGGUUUUAUUGCACAUGUUCGGCAUGCUUUAUAUGUUCAUCGCGCUAGCCAUCGUAUGCGAUGAAUUCUUCGUCCCAGCACUCACGGUGAUCACGGAAAAACUGACGAUUUCGGACGAUGUGGCGGGUGCUACCUUCAUGGCGGCUGGAGGAUCGGCUCCUGAACUGUUCACUUCAGUCAUCGGGGUGUUUAUUUCCCACAGUAACGUCGGCAUCGGGACCAUCGUAGGCUCCGCCGUGUUCAACAUUUUGUUCGUCAUCGGGAUGUGCGCUUUGUUUUCCAAGGAGAUCCUGAACCUGACGUGGUGGCCUCUGUUCAGGGACGUGUCUUUCUACAUCAUCGGCCUCAUCAUGCUCAUCGUUUUCUUUCUGGAUAACAUCAUCACGUACUGUGAGAGCAUUAGCCUGCUGCUAGCCUACGCCGCCUACGUGCUCUUCAUGAAGUUCAAUGGGAAUGUAGAGACUCUGGUUAAGGGGAUCAUGAACAGGAACCAGGUGGUGGAGGUGGAGGCCCAACCCAAGUUGAGCCCUAGUGCAGUGGAGGAUGACAGCAAGCUGUCGGCCAGACCCCGCCUACAGAGAGGAGGAAGCUCCGCCUCUUUACACAACAGUCUGAUGAGGAACAGCAUCUUUCAGCUGAUGAUCCACACGCUCGACCCUCUCAGUGAAGAAUUCGCUGACUCUGAGCUCGGGACUUACGGAAAGCUAAAAUAUUAUCAGUCCAUGACGGAGGAAGGAAAGUUCCGUGAGAAAGCGUCCAUUCUUCACAAAAUUGCCAAAAAGAAAUGCCAGGUCGAGGACUCAAAUGGAGUGGCUGAUAAAAAUCUGCCGAACAGCUCUAAUGUGGAGGUGGACAUGACGCCGCCUAUGAACGGCACUGCUGGACAAGAUGGAGAUGCGGCUGAGGAGGAUGAAGAAGACGAUCAGCCGCUCAGUCUGUCCUGGCCCGAGAGCUGCCAAAAGCGUUUCACGUAUCUCUUCAUCCUUCCCAUCGUCUUCCCUCUAUGGAUCACACUGCCGGAUGUCCGGAAGCCCACGUCUAAGAAGUUUUUUCCCAUCACGUUCCUGGGAGCGAUUUGCUGGAUCGCAGGAUUCUCCUACCUGAUGGUGUGGUGGGCUCAUCAGGUUGGAGAAACGAUCGGCAUCACAGAGGAGAUCAUGGGACUGACUAUUCUAGCGGCUGGAACCUCCAUCCCUGACCUGAUCACCAGUGUAAUCGUGGCCCGCAAGGGUCUGGGGGACAUGGCCGUGUCCAGCUCCGUGGGCUCCAACAUAUUCGACAUUACUGUUGGGUUACCGUUCCCGUGGCUGCUGUUCUCGAUGGCGAACGGGAUGGUCCCGGUGCAGGUGAGCAGUAACGGGCUGUUCUGCGCCAUUGUGCUGCUCUUCCUCAUGCUCCUCUUCGUCAUCAUCUCCAUCGCCGCCUGCAAGUGGAGGAUGAGCAAACUGCUGGGCUUCAUCAUGUUCCUGCUCUACAUCGUCUUCCUGGUGGUCAGUGUCCUGCUGGAGGACAAGGUCAUUGUCUGCCCCAUCUCCAUCUGACACACACACACACGCACACACAUAUAUAUACAGUACAUAUACAAUACAUACAUGCACAGAAAUACUUACACACACACACACACACACACACACAUAUUCAGUACAUACACACACAUAAAGUACUUUCUCGCCCCCCCCACACACACAUAUACAUUACAUACUGUGCACAAACACAAAUUUAAAUACACACACACAUUAAAACACACACAAACAAACAGUCAUUUAAACGCACACACUUAAACCUGCACACACACACACUUGAACACACACCCACACUUUUAAACACACACAUACACAGACGUGUAUUUAAACACACACACAAACACUAACACACACGCACCUACACAACACACACACAUGCAUAUACACACUUAAACACACACUUAUACACAAAUACUUAAACACACACAUAAUUAAACAUAUACCUAACACACACGCACAAACACACACUUAUACUUACACACACACAUAUACACAAACACACCCACACACACACUUAUACACACAUACCUGAACACACACACGCAUAUACACACUAAACACACUUUCAUAUAUACUUAAACACACCCACACACACACUUAAAUACACACACACACACCUGACCACACACAUGCAUGUACACACUUAAACACACACUUACAUAUAUAUAUAUAUAUACUUAAACACACCCACACACACUUAAAAACACACACACACACACCCACACACACUUAUGCACACAGAAGGACAUUUGAACACAGACACACACACACACACACACUCAUGAAUGCUGGCUUAUUUACUUCCCAGCACAUUCUCCUUUGUUUUUGUCCAAUAAACUGACCCAAACCCCCCUCCAGGAGAAAGUGGACCUGUCCGCACGAGAAGCAGAACUCUGUAAGAUAUUCACACUCAUCUGAAGAGAAAUACAUCUGUGUUUACCUACCCAAUACAUCUCUUUAUUUUCUUCUCUAACACUUUAUCUGAAGCUGUCCUUGUUCCAGUCUAACCACUCAUUCAAACACUGAGUAAUAUUAAUUAAUUACACCUAUUUACUAUGUGGUUCUGAUUAGAAUGAGGGUUAGUUGCAUGUAAUUGUGCAUAAUUAAUCAUAAUUACUACAGUAGGUACAUGCGUGACAAGUACACCUUCAAAUAAAGUGUUUGCUUAUUUUCUCCUGUUUAAUCACGCUGUAAAUCCUACAAGCGUUUGCUUUACAACUUAAACUACUGUGAGGUAGUCAUUAAUGCAAGAUUUACUGUACUAAAGCCUUGGCUAGAAUAUUAAUGUACAUUUAUUUAUACAUUAUAUAUGGUUUUAUACAGUACACUAGUAAAAGUUAUAUAAAGAAAUGGUAUUAUUUUGAAAUAAUUGUACUUUUUAUUAGUAUUUUAAGGGUGGGCGGUAUAUAUUGUAUUUAUUUAUGUAUUUAUUAUUUAAUUUGUUUUUAUUGAACUCCACUCAUUGAAUACAGCAUUAGAUCUUUAACUAGGGCUGUAACGAUACACUAAACUAAAAUACUAGUACAAAUCAUUAUAAAUGGUGAAGAUUUAUUAUUAAAACCUGAUAUAUUUGACAUUUUUCCCCAGUAUGUAUAUGUAUAUGUAUAUGUAUAACAGUAUGUGUCCCUAAGUGAAAGCCAAAUAGGGACUAAGAUAUUUUUUUAUUAUUAUUUGCGUAUUUAUUUAUUUAUAUUUAUUUAAUUAAAUAUUUUUAUUGUGUAUUUAUUUAAGUCUUUUUUAUUAUUUAUUAAAUUGUAUUUAUUUAUUUAUUUAUUUAAUCCACUCACUGAAUACAGCAUUAGAUCUUUAACUAGGGCUGUAACGGUACACUAAACGAAAAUACUAGUACAAAUCAUUAUAAUUGGUGAGAUUUAUUAUAAAAAACUGAAUAUAUUUAACAUUUCCCCCCCAGUAUGUGUCAUUAAGUAAA